AUGCAAACUGAAGCUUAUAAGUCGGUGCUCGAGCAAAUGUUGGUACAACAUGUUUUCCCAGAGUUUAGUAGUCUAAUGGGCCAUAUCAGAGCAAAGUUGCAUGGUGACUCGGAGCUUCCAAUACGUGUUGACUCGGUUGUUUCAUUGUGUUCUUUCGUUAAAGCAUGUGAAGAUCUUGAUGAAAUGAAGCCAGUUCUUCCACAGCUCCUUUCUGGUGUUGUGUUGGCUCAAAUUCCAAAUUUUGCUGCUGCAUUUUGGAAGUGUAUGAACACAGCUGAAGAAGAAGAUGAAGCUGAUGAUGAUAGCGGUACUUUCGCAGUCGGAUGCCUAAGUGCCAUUAGUACUGUUCUUGAUUCAUCGGAUGUGAAAGCCUCAAGGGUGUUGAUUGCUACAAGAUCUGAAGGAACAGAGGCACGUGAAUUUCACAAUCAGAAUCAAUUUAACAUACAUAGGUUGGUAUUUGAAGAAUGACAGGGGAUUAAAACAGUGGAAGAAGCUGAAUCAGCACUAUGUUAGUUAAUAAAAUGAGGUGCGAUUACAUUGUACACAAGUAACAAAGAUCCAGAUUUCCAAAAUAGUUUGUGUUUUAUGUUUGUCGUUAUUUGGGUUAGGAAGAUUUGUUUUUCUAGUUUGACU